AUGGUAUCGGCUUCCGUCUCCGAUCGCCCGACACCCGAUCUACCCUGGCUGUACUUUGUUUGUCUUGCUGACACUCCUAUUCUUUGCCACAUUUCCAAGUUUGUCGCAACUCAUCAGCAUCCAAGUAUGACCUCAGACUCUCCGAUCGACCCCUUUUGGGGGCUACCAAGCUCGAAAGCUAACUUUUGUGAGAAGGACUACGUAGUGACAAGAUACGUCGCCGAAUUCAUCAACACCUUAACCAACCUAGUCUACGUGUUCUACGCGAUCUAUGGGCUCUACAAGCUGCGACAGAAAUCCAACACCGGUUUCAUUCGCGUCCUCCCUUACUGGGGUUUGAUGACUGUCGGAGUAUGUUCGGCCAUCUACCAUGCCAGCCUCCAGUACCACACCCAAAUGCUGGAUGACCUGUCUAUGCUCUUUGCGACCACUCCUGUCCUGCACCGCGUCUUAACCGUCAAUUCUCGACGCAGGGACUCCUUCAUUGCGGGUCUCGUGCUAUAUCCAGCUCUCACUGGAAUAGUAAUAUACCAUGUAUCAACGGACGAGUUAAUCCUGCACGCUAUAUUCUUUGUCGGUAGUGUCGCGAUUAUCGGAAUCCGAACUAUGCAGCUCGUCAAGCUCCGCACGCCGGAAAAUUCAGCGAUUAGGCAACAAGUAUGGGGUAUGGUUCGAUUUGGGGCAUUCAUUUUCCAUCUCGGAUACUCCGUCUGGCUGCUGGAUGGUUGGCUGUGCGACUGGCUCAGAACAACACGGGCGGCAGUUGGACUUCCAUGGGCGUGGCUACUCGAGCUUCACGGGUGGUGGCACACGUUCACCGGAAUUGGUGCCUACAUUUUCAUCGCGUUGAUUGAUCACCUAGUAUCUGGUGAGGAUCUCCAGGACAUUGAAAGCUUGUUUGCCUGGCCUGCUCCAUGGGCUUCUCGGUCAAUAUUUGCAGGGACAGCGUCCACUGUGACGCACAAAAAACAGCACUGA